AUGAAAUAGGAAAAAAAUAAAAGUAAAUCAAAAGAUUAGAGAGAAGAAAUCUUACCUAUAAAUAAAAUAAUCUAAAAAUGUCAAUAAACAUUAGGUAUUUAUUAUACCAAUUAUAGAGAUUACUUAGUUUGAAUAGUAAGAAUUAAAGAAAAUGUUUUCAAUUGUUUCUGAUAAAAUGCAUUAAGUUAAUUAGAAAAUUUAAACUUUUGAAAGAGAAGAACGAUUAUUAAGAAGGGACAAUGAUGAAUGGGAAUUUUAUUUAAAAGAAAAAAAAAAUCUUCUGAAAUAGCUAACAUUAUUAAUUGAUUUAAUUAGUGGCAAAGAUCAUUCCUUUGAAAUUGAUAUAUCUACAAAUCCUGCUUAUAAAGAAAUUUAGAAUUUUUCAAUUCAUAAAAAAAAGUAGGGUGAAGAUUUACUAAAAUCAAUUCAGAAUGAUGAGACAUCAAUUAUUAAACUAUAAGCAUAAUUAUUGGAAAUAGAAGAAGAAACAAAACUUUUAAGAUAAUCAGGGGCUUUUUGGAAUUGUGUUCGUUGUAAUAUCACUUUAAAAGAAGGUUUUAAUGAAGAAGUAUUUAAAAAAUAUUAUAUGAGACAUGUAUAUUUCAUCCAGGCAAACUUAAGUAUUUUUCAUGUAGAACUUGUGGAGGAGAUGAAUAUUUUACAUGCUGUAAUUAAUGUAGAGAUUGCAAUCCUGGUUGUAAAAAAGGCUUGCAUAAACCUUGA